AGAAACUGACAACAAACAGCACACUAAACGUGCAUUAAAAAAAUAACUACAAUCUCCAUAAUUUUCCUUCUUAUAAAACAUUAUUAAACCAGAAGAUCAUCUUCACUCAAAUCCACUCACUGUUUGCUGCAAACCAUGGAGAAGAAGCAGAAGAAACCUUCUACACUCCCAUAUCUCACAAUCUUCCUCUUUCUCACUAGUAUAACUCAAACCAUCUCAUCAGAAGAAGAGCUGCAAACUUAUAUCGUACAUGUAUCAAAACCCCAUAAGCCACAAAUAUUCACUACACAUCAACAUUGGUAUGAAUCAACUCUUUCUUCACUCUCUUCUUCAAACUCCAUACACUCAGCUAAACUUCUCUACACCUAUGAUCACACCCUUCAUGGAUUUGCAGCUAGGAUUACACCAAGUCAAGCAUCACAACUCCGCAAAGCUCCAGGCAUUCGUACUAUACUAUCUGAACGUGUUCGGCAUAUACGUACGACUCGUUCGCCGGGUUUCCUUGGAUUGAAUCAGGCGUCUGGUCUAUGGCCGAAUUCUGGUUAUGCGGAGGAUGUUGUUAUUGGAGUUUUAGAUACCGGAAUCUGGCCGGAACGGAGGAGUUUCUCUGAUGUCGGGCUUUCGGCCGUGCCGGCGACGUGGAAGGGGAUAUGUCAAGUUGCAUCAGAUUUUCCUGCGACUUCAUGUAACAAAAAGGUGAUUGGUGCUAGGUACUUCUCAGCUGGAUAUGAAGCUAGAUAUGGACCAAUCAAUGAGACUUCGGAAUCUAAAUCACCAAGAGAUACUGAAGGUCAUGGGACCCAUACUGCAUCAACAGCUGCUGGAGCUCCCGUUAAAGAUGCUGGAUUUUACGAAUUUGCCCAUGGUGAAGCCAGAGGAAUGGCAACAAAAGCAAGGCUCUCCAUAUACAAAAUUUGUUGGGAAAAAGGAUGUCUUGAUGCUGAUAUUUUAGCUGCUUUAGACCAAGCCGUUGCCGAUGGCGUCGACGUCAUAUCGAUUUCGGUUAGCUUAUCCGGUCAAAAUGACUACGACGACGACUCCUUUGCAAUCGGAGCGUUCCGAGCUGUUGAAAAGGGUAUUUUCGUAUCUACUGCAGGUGGUAAUUCAGGUCCGAAGGCGGCAACAGUUGAAAACAUCGCUCCGUGGUUAUUAACCGUCGGUGCGGCAUCAAUGGACCGAAGUUUCCCCGUCGAUACAAUUUUAGGCGAUGGAACGAAAUUUCGGGGAAUCAGUCUUUACUCCGGAGCUGGACUAGACCCCAAGGUUCAAUAUCCUCUUGUUUUUGCUGGUGACCAUGGUCAUAGAUUAUGUGUCCCAGGUACAUUAAAGAGCGAUGAAAUAAAGGGUACAAUCGUCGUUUGCGAUCGUGGCGCUAACAGUAACGUCGAAAAAGGUAGUGCCGUUAAGUUAGCCGGCGGUGUAGGAAUGAUUCUUGCCUGUACUGCCACUACCGGAACUACAAAUUCUGCUGAUUUACAUAUUCUUCCAUCAUCAUUGGUUGAUCCAACGGCUGGAGAUAAAAUCAAAGAAUACAUCGAGUCGGCAGCUUCACCAACUGCUACGCUUGUUCCACAUGGGGCAAUAAUCGGCCCGUCUCCGGCGGCUCCUCAGGUAGCCUCUUUCUCCGGUCGGGGGCCAAAUGAGGUAACUCCACAGAUUAUUAAGCCGGAUAUUAUUGCACCGGGGGUGAAUAUUUUGGCGAGUUGGACCGGAGCAGUGAGUCCAUCUGAGUUAGAUGUUGAUCCAAGACGAGUUGAGUUUAAUUUUCAAUCGGGUACAUCUAUGGCUUGUCCUCAUGUUAGUGGGCUUGCUGCAUUGUUACGUAAAGCCCAUCCAAAAUGGAGUCCAGCUGCUAUAAAAUCAGCUAUCAUGACUACUGCUUACAACUUGGAUAAUUUGGGUGGUAAUAUUAAAGAUGUUUUUACAGAUAAAGAUUCUACACCACACCAACAUGGCUCCGGUCACGUCGAUCCAAACCGAGCUGUCGAUCCUGGUCUGAUAUACGAUCUCGGUACCAAUGACUAUAUCAAGUUCUUGUGCUCCAGUGAAUAUGACGAAAAUAGAAUCGCAGUUCUAGUUAAAGACCGUACAGUCGAUUGUUCUACAAUGACAUUUGCUAAUGGGCCUGGUGAUCUCAACUACCCGUCUUUCUCGGUUGUUUUCAAGUCCGAUACCGAUGUCGUCAAGUACAGCAGAGUUGUAACCAAUGUCGGGAAGUCGGUGAACGCGGUAUAUGAAGCCAAGGUAACGAACGUCGGAGCCGUAGAUGUGAAGGUGAUCCCAAGUAAACUAGUGUUCAAUGCAAAAAACAAGACUCUUUCUUAUGAGAUCAAGUUUACUAGUUUGGCUAGUAAAGGUGAUGGAGAGCCCAAGUUUGGAGCCAUACAAUGGAGUGAUGGGGCUCAUAUCGUUCGAAGCCCAAUUGCAUAUUCAUGGGAUAGCUCACCAUAUUAUUCCUCCAUCUAAGAAUUCUGAUUCAAUUGCAUCCUUUGCUUCCAUGUUAGUCUAGUGUUUCCUCUUUAACCUAUAAAUAUUAGUUUGUACUUGGAUUCAAUGGAAUAAGAUUGCAAAGCUUCUUAGCAAGCUUUCUAAGUAAAA